AUGCAAGCGCAAUACUCGACGGGGUCUGCUGGGUACUACAAUACCGAUGCGGAUAACAUCUGUGGCAUGUUCGGUGCGCUAUCGCUGAGAGGGGCCUCAGAGCAAGCGCCGUCGACAUCGACAUUCACCCAAAUCCCUCCCGACGAGAGCAGCGACUCCGAAAUGUCAGACACGGCAACGAUGGACUCGGGCUACGAUAGCCAGUCCUCCACCCCCGCGAAGCGCCUCUCCUGCGCCAUCCCCGCCGCGAUCCCGCUCUCCGCCCCGCCCAUCUACCACGACGCCAGCCUCGGCUGCACCGCGCUCCAAACAAUACAGACGCACAUCGACUGGCACACGGGCGCGACGACGCCGUCCUCAUUGUUAGAGGCGAUAUUGGUUCAUCGACAGGCGUUCAUCGCGGCUCCAAGGGAGCACCGCACGUGCUCGAAGGCGCUCACGCAGCUCGCGUUCACGCUGGAGCAGCGUAAGGCGGAGGGGGACGCGGAUACGGCGGUCGCGCUGCGGUAUGAGUCAUGGCUCGUUUCUGGGUGGUCGUGAGGGCUAUGAGAUGAGAUGAGUGCUGUUUUGAACGAUUGUUAUCGGCGCAUUGUGCUUAGCGGUGGUUUGGUUCUGUGAUGUUGGGCAUCUCUCGUGUACGAUAUGUGUCGGCCGUUCCUGAAUAUUAUAAUCUUUCCCUAGGCGACCGUCGAUUGGUUCAUGUAUCCGGAUAGGGCCUC